CGCAGAUGCAGCCGUGCGUUAAGAGGAGGAGGACAAGAGUCGCGGUAGAGCUUGGGUGUAGGAGGUGGUGAUCCAGUUUACACUUUAACAACAUCUCACUGCGAAGUCAGGGGGAAAAAAACAACCGAGGAGUUGAUCAGACGGCAUCCAGCGUUUUCCUCACCUGAAGUGUCCCUUACCUUACCUGGACCGGAGAGCGUCUCUGCUGGGAGACUGGAAGAAAAAGCACUUGACAGACUUGAGCUUUUUUUCUUUUUUUUUUUUGCCUGAGGCCAAACAGUUGAUAUAUAUAUAAAGCUGGGUGAAGGACACUGACACGCUGAGAAGUGGAAACUGUGUCUGCAUGUGAAGCAUGGAGGUCUAUACUACUUCGAGGAAACUUGCUUUGCUCUCCUUCACCUUUCUUUUGGGGCUCUCAGGCAUAUGGGCCCAGCUGCAGCUGCCCGCACUGAAAAUGGAUGUGAUCAAGGGUCAGAGGGUGGAGCUGAAGGCCUCAUAUAACUCAGGCGGUGACCCGAGCACUAACACCAUCCUCUGGAACUUUUUUUCCAACGGCACCCAACUGAUCAUCUCCUACACCAAGGGCUCCGAGAGACUGGGCAACUCCCAGUUCAAGGGCCGGGUUGGUUUCAUCUCUAACAUGCCCUCACGGGACGUGUCACUGUACAUCAACGACACCCAUGAGUCCGACUCAGGACGCUACACCUGUCAGGUCAUCAUGCCGGACAAAGACGGCCUCACCGGUGAGAUCAUUCUGGAUGUGAAGGUCCCUCCUGCUGUUCCUAAGUGCUCUCUAUCAGGGAAACCGGUGCUGAAAGGAAACGUGACUCUGAGCUGCAAGUCCAGCAGUGGGAAACCCAUUCCUAUUUACAAGUGGCAGAAAACCAGCCCCACCUCUGAGGUCUUCUUCUCACCCAUGCUCAAUGAGAACGCUGGCACCCUGAAGCUGAGCAACCUGACCAGUAACAUGUCGGGGAAGUACGUGUGCACAGCCAGCAACGAGGCCGGAAAAGAGACCUGCUUCAUCAACCUGGAGAUCAUUUCCUCCACUAAUGUCGGGAUGAUUGUCGGCGCCACCGUGGGCUCGGUCAUCGGCUUCAUCUUCCUCCUCCUCGUCUGCCUGGUUUUCGUGAUGAAGAGGCGGAGAGAGAGUGAGGACGACAUGGCUAACGAUAUCAAGGAGGAUGCUCAGGCUCCUAAGCGUGUGUCCUGGGCUAAGAGCGGCAUGGGUUCUGAUAUCAUCUCCAAGAACGGCACCCUGUCCUCUAUCGCCUCCAGCCCACAUCACAAAGAGCCCUCGCUCCACGGCAGCAACCACCACCACCUGCAGCAGUACCCCCAGCGCCCCCCCUCAGACACCGCCUCCAUCAUCACAGCCACGGGCAGCACAGCCGGCUACCGACCGUCCCGCCACCACGGAGCCUCCACCCCUACCCACUACAGCUUCAACAACAACCUGCCGCGCGGCCCCCCAGGAUCCUCUGGGGCCAGCACCAACGGGAGCUCCCUACCCAGACCGGAGCGCUACGCCCAGCUGCCCCAGGCCCAGGCGCUCCCGCAGACCUACAGCCAGCCUCAGAUGCAGCUCCAGCUGGCUCCCUCCCCUCCACCGCCGCCCACCUCUGGAGUCACAGCCUCCAACAUCACCAGGAUGGGAGGGGUGCCCAUCAUGGUGCCUGCGCAGAACCAGGCCGGAUCUCUGGUGUAACGCCAGCCGGCACUGGCUAAACAGUGCUGUUGAGAAAAAACAGUGGAAUGCUGUCCCUUUAUACCGUCCAAAAGGGGCAACAGCUGAUUUUUCUUUUCUUUUUUUUAAGGGAACGCUUUAACUACUAUUUAGCAAAGAAUUACAGUAGAUGAAAAAGUCAAAUUCACUUACUUUUGUGCCAUGAAGCUUUCAUUUCAUGGCGAGACUUUCAGACAUGGACUGUUUACUUGCUUUAAGUAUACAUAAGUCUCUUUUUAUAUUCUCCAAACUAUGUAUAGAUAUGAUUUUCAUACAUUUGUCUAGUAUCGUCUUUUCUACUUUAUGGAAGCAUUUCUAAAGUUUGUUUGUUUUAUCUUUCUUUUUAAAUUUAGUUUUCCAUGUUGUCCUUUUUUCUUCAUCCUGCCAUAGUAAUGUCACAAAGUGAACAUCAUGAAUGAAACAAGGGGGGGGGCAUUUAUUUGUAUUCCAGACUCACAGAUGAAUAUACAGGUGCAGGUCUGCUGUAUUUUUAGCUUAUGUGUCAUCUUUAUAUUAAAACUACCUAAAGGAGGACUCAUCAAGACCAAAAUAGGUUUUUAUUAUAUUAUAUAUUAUAUCAGUUUUACUCAGAGGAGAGAAUGUUGCUCAAAGUGAAGUUAGUGGGUGUAAUGUAUAAAGAUAGUUGUAUAACUGAGCAUAUUUCUGCAGCAGACUUAUGAGAGAAAGAUAACAUUAUAUACUAUAUAUGAUAAAGUAUAUUAAUGCAAGGUAUCCUUAUCAUUUUAUUUUUUUGGCUUUACUUCUAUCAGUGGUUCAGCUUUAUAAAAUGCUCCUGGACUCAACUCUUUAAACACACCAUUACCAAAAAAAAGCUUCUUAGAAUAUCGAGCACUGUUAAGAAUUGCAGUAUGGUGACUUUUGCUAAUGCACAAGUCCACACUUGAGUUGUAAUAAUUUAAAAGUUGCCUGCAGCAGUGGAAUUGUAAAUAAUAUGCUAUUUAUUUUUUUUCUGUUCAACGUGUGACAGACAGCAUAGUAUAUUGUCGGCCCCCGAAGCCUGUACUUAAAGUAUAUGAUACAAGUAAUAUGUUUUUGCCUGUAACACUGGAUGCUGAACCAAAGAUAUAAAGUAUGUAUCUGCUUCAUUUAUGUCAACAUGCUCUCUAGACAUGUUGUUUACUAGUGUAGGUUAGUAGGAAAGUGUAUUGAUUCCCUGCCAUAAGCUACAGUCUUUAUUUUCUAUUUGAUUGACAGAAACAUUACCCAGACAUUGGAACAGGAAGCUGAUGCAAUUUUCUCUGAAGACUCAUGAAGGUGCCUAGUCAUGGAGUACAUUUGCUAAUUUAACCCUUACAUACUGUUUAUAUUCUGACUCAUAAGUAGUCUCUACACCAAUUCACAUUCAUACAUUCACCAUCAGUCGUUAAUCAAUGUUUGAUUAUUCCUUAAUGAAGUUAUAAGAGAGUGAACAGAGUGUUAAUCUUAUGGAAAAAAAGACAUUAACAAUCACUAUUUUAUGGUCCAGGAGAACAUUUUAUAGAAUAUGAUUUUAUAGAUAU